UUCCUACCCAUCACACUCUCAUAAAUGUGGACAUAUAAACUGUAGUAAGUUUUGCCUUGUUGCUUUGUGUGAGGUUUACUGAAUGUCAGAAUUCACAAAAUGCCCUUUCUGGCUCUUCUUCCUUAGUAACGGACACUUGGUUGGUGUAUGCACCUAUUUCUCCUGUGUUUCCUCAUGAGAGAGUCCUCUAGUUCUUUCUGGGAAUUAUGAAGGCCUUGCUUCUUUCUCCCUCGUCCUCUCUUCUCACAGUGCUCCCUGUUGGCCUAGAUGGGUAAAGGGAAGGGUUGGACUGUACUUUCCUUGCCAUCAGUACAGCUAAAUGGAUGAUGCAGGAUGAGGAGAAAGGGGGCCAUCUGAUCUUGGGUACUGAUUUGGGGGUAAAGAGUUUUAAGACAGUGGGACAAAUAUUUGUAUUUUAAACUCAGAUGAUAUUUGAGAACUGGUUCUGUAGCUACAACAAGGUCCUCUAGUCCAUGAAUUAAUGUGUCAUAACUUAUGCUGAAGCACCACACAAACAUCUCAUGUGUAAAUUGUUGCACAAUAGCUUCAUACCUUUGUGUCCUACAGCUUAAUUAGCCCACGAGGCUACAUGAGUUAGAUGAAACCAAAUGGGAUUUUGUCAUGUGGUGUGUAAAAAGGAGAAUAUUGAUAGAUAUUUGGCACUUUUCUGUGGGGAAAAUGGCAUUAAUUUUUUAUGAUCUUUUGUUUCAGUUUCUGUGAUACUCAGGCUGCAACAGGUGACAUGGGACUUCUGAGCUGUGGUUGUGAACUUUCGUAAGUUGGUUGUAUACCAUUGUUCAGUAAAUAUUUAUUGUUUAUUUAGGGUUUAGGAAGGGCUAUUACAUACCAGGUGAAAUACAAAGGAGCAGCUUUGAAGCCUGAGUAACAAGCCUCAUCAACCCCAACUCAACUUGGCUAAAUUCAGCCUCACCAAACCUGAUCCCAGACUCUGCUCUCUGGACUUGUGCAGUUCUCUGAUCCUGGAAUCCUCUUCAGUUCCAGCUAGAUGCUGUGUCAGGCACUUCGUAGAUUUGGUCAAAAACUGGUACGCGGACCUAAGCUGAAGGAACCGGUGGCUGAGAAUGACCCACGGAGAAUAUUGAGCACUCUGGAUUUAGUGACCCAGGGUGUGGGCCACACAGUGGGUAUAGGUGUAUAUGUCCUGGCUGGUGAGGUGGUCAGCAAUCAAGCAGGACCAUCUUUUGUGAUCUGCGUUUUGGUGGCUGGCCUAUCUUCUCUGUUGGCUGGGCUGUGCUAUGCAGAGAUUAGUACCCGCAUUCCCCAUUCUGGCUCUGCAUAUCUCUACAGCUUUGUCACUAUAGGUGAACUCUGGGCCUUCAUCACUGGCUGGAACCUCAUCCUCGCCCUUGGUGCUCAGAAAGCCAUUGUGUUCAUCACAUGGAUGUUAACUUUCGACAACCUGCGUGGGAACCGGCUGUCUCAGACUGUGCAAGAGAGCAUCUCGGCACAUGUUCCCCCUGUCCUUGCAGAUUAUCUAGAAUUCUCUGCUCUGGGUUUUGUGUUGUUGUUCAUGGAAUUCAGGAGUCUUUGGUAUUCCACAUCAUUAUUGAGUUCCACAGUUACCAAACUGGUCACAUUGGUGAAACUUUUGGCUCUCAGCUUUGUCAUAACCUCUGGCUUCAUUAAGGGGGACCUGCACAACUGGAAGCUCACAGAAGAGGACUAUGUAAAGGCUGGACUCAAUGACACCUCUGACUUGGGACCUCUGGGCUCUGGAGGAUUUGUGCCUUUUGGCUUCGAGGGGAUUCUCCGUGGAUCAGCUACCUGUUUCUAUGCGUUUCUUGGUUUUGACAGUAUUGUUACCAGAGUUGAAAAAGCCCAGAAUCCCCAGCAUUCCAUCCCCAUGGGCAUUGUGAUUUCACUGUUCAUCUGCUUUUUGGUGUAUUUUGGUGUUUCUUCAGCAUUCACACUUAUGGUGUCUUACUACCAGCUCCAACCUGGGAGCACCUUGCCUGAGGUAUUUCUCCAUAUUGGCUGGGUCCCUGCCUACUACGUGGUAGCUUUUGCAUUGCUGUGCAUUCUUUCCGCCAGCCUUUGGGGCUUUGUGUGGCCAAUGCGUCAGGUGCUAUACAUGAUGGCAAAGGAUGGCCUCCUUUUCCCUUUCCUUACCCGUAUCUCUUUCUUCCAAUACUCUCUUAUCAUGAUCAUUGUGUUUGUUGGAACUAUUCCAGUCAUUGUAUUCUUCUUUGGAGUCACUGAUCUCUUGGAUCUAAGGUCAGUUGUGUCCCUGAUUUCUCAUUCCCUGGUUGCAAUUUGUGUUCUUAUCCUCAGGUAUUAGCCUGAGGUGCAGAAUGAGGAAAAUGAAGCAGAGGUGCAGGAGGAGAAUGGACCUGCAGCAGAGAGGUUGACUCUACAGGGACUACUUUUUCCAGCCAGCCCCACCCCCACUUCACUCUCUGGCCAGGUUGUCCGUGUUUCUUCCUCACUGCUUGUUCUGUUGCUCAUUCUUCUUUGCCUGGUGCUGACCCAGGGGCCAGUUCUGCUUUCUGGAGACCCAGUAUGGAUUUCAGUGGUUGUGCUUCUGGUGCUCAUCACUGGGCUCACUGGGGUCAUCUGGAGACAGCCGCAGAGCUCCAGUCCCCUUUACUUUAAGGUCCCUGCUCUGCCUCUCCUCCCACUACUGAGCGUCUUUGUGAAUGUUUACCUUAUGAUGCAGAUGACAGUUGGCACCUGGAUAGUAUUUGGUGUCUGGAUGCUAAUUGGGUUUGUUAUCUACUUCGCCUAUGGGAUCCAGCACAGCUGGGUCGCUAUCCUCACUUAAGCUAGGGCAAAAAGUGUAGACCUUGAACUCAGCUGUGUCAGUACAUAUGCAGUUUGACAUCAUCAACCCAGUCGGGUCCCCCUGCAUAAUAAUGGAGUACUCUUGAUCACAGGGAAAGGUGGGCCUCCCAUGGGAUGUUGGUGGGUGAACACCAAUAGAGCUCUGUGUAUAUUGUGGAGUGAUGGGUGCAUCUUUGUUAAUUUUCCUUUUUUUUUUUUUUUUUCACUUGUCUACUUGAAUUGUAUCUGUAGUUGCUUACUGGCUUUAAAAUGUUAUUAUUAUAA